AUGCAGCGCCCGUUGUGGCUCGGGGGCUUCCGGGGGCUCUGGCUGCUCGUCUGCUUCCUGCUGCUGAACAGCCGCCUGGGGGGCUCCAGCGACGUUAGUGGUCACGAUGGUCAGAGUCAAGUGGGAGUGGGGCAGCUCUGGCCCCUCCCAGGAUUUACCAGCCCGGUCUUCAAGCACUUGCAAGUUUUACUCCAGCACAUUAUGCCCCACGGUUUGUUCUGGAAGGAUGACAUGACCCAGGAUGUGAUGACCCAGAAGAUGGGUCACACCAGCAAACUCCAUCCUGAGGAUCCAUGUGUGAGGAGUGGGCCAGCAGCCUUCCCCACCAAAACCCCGGGGGUGAGGGGCAAGCAAGAGGAGAAACUUCGACUCCUGUUCCCCAAGAGCCCAAUGGUCAAGGUGAACAAGGAUCAGUGCUUUACCUCCAAAGUGGUUUCAAAGGGUCUGAAACAUGAGGUGGCCAACCCAGUCAAGGGCUUCUUUGAGUCGCCCCCCGCUGUGGGCCACAACCUUGUCGCCGACUGA